AAUUUGAUUUCCAGCGUUAUGCCCCUUGUCAAAGUGAAUUUGCAUGUUGACCCCGGAAGAAUGUUAUAAUUUGAUGUUGUUAAUUGGUAUUUAGUGAUCUGGAAUGUAUAAUCGUGUCGCUGACAUUUCAAGGAAUUGAAAAAGCUCGGCAGAUAGCAUGUCAUUCUCGUUUUCUAUGGAAAACACGUAAAGAAUUCGAAGUUUCAGACCAGGAAGACUAUUCUGAAAGAAAUCCAAGAUGGCGGCCCCCAUAUACAAUGGGCUACCAGACACGGGAACCAUGCAUUUACUUGGAGAUUUAGAGACAGGAAAGGUUGUUACUAUAUUCUUCUCAAAGACAAAACCAGAGAGACGAACACUGGAGAUAAAACCAACCUAUAGUCAGCUUGUAUGGAUCAAGGCACAAGGAGUCCGACCAGAGGGAUCUAUUAAUUUUCGAGAUAUCAAGGAAGUGCGGCGAGGGAAGAGCUCAAAAGACUUCGAUAAGUGGCAAGAGGAUGCACGUAGAGUGGACCAGAGACUUUGUUUUGUGGUGUACUAUGGCAAUGAAUUCAAAUUGCAUUCUCUCUCAGUUGUUGCAAGUUCAGUAGAUGAACGUGAGAAGUGGUGCAAAGGUUUGGACCUCCUUAUUGAAGAUGCUCGCACUGUGUCGCAUAUAAGUCUAGUUGAAAGGUGGCUGACGAGGGAGUUUAACAACAUGAUUGAGAGGUUACGUGUGGAACGGGCUGACAAACUGGCGCUGAAGACCCUAAAAUCUUGGACAACCAGAAUCAACUGUAAAAUCUCAACAAACAGACUGCGAGAAAAAUUUCAAAGUGUUGAUUUGAACAGGAAAGGGGAGAUUACCCUGGAUGAGUUUAUCAAACUGUAUCAUUACCUGAUCCAUGUGCCUAAUAUAAUUGAUGAAUACUUCAGUACGUACAUGAAGAAGCUACACAAUGACAGAGUUGUCAGUGUGGAAAAGCUACACCAGUUUAUUACACAGGAACAAAAGGAGAAUUUGUCUCAGAAUGAAGUGAAGGAUAUGAUGAAGUCAUUCCUGGCAGAUCCAGGCAGAGAAAUUCAAAACAGACUUUUCUUUACUGAACCAGAGUUCUUGGAUUUCCUUUUCUCCAAACACAACACUAUAUGGGAUGCAAGAUAUGACAAAAUCAAUCAAGAUAUGAAUCAUCCUCUCUCACAUUACUGGAUAGCUUCAUCGCACAACACGUACUUGACAGCUGACCAGUUCUACAGCGAAUCAUCAGUCGAAGCAUAUGCCAGAUGUCUUAAAAUGGGCUGUAAAUGUCUGGAAUUGGAUUGCUGGGACGGCCCAGAUGGAUACCCAAAGAUCUACCAUGGCCACACUUUAACAUCACAUAUUCGAUUUCUAGACGUCCUUAAAUCUAUCAAAGAACAUGCAUGGUCUGUUUCAGACUAUCCCCUGAUUUUAUCAAUAGAAAACCACUGUAGUCUUGGGCAACAAAGGAAUAUGGCCAGUGCUUUCAAAGAUAUAUUUGGGGACAUGCUGUUAACAGAACCUGUACAGAAAGAUGGCACUCAACUACCUUCACCAGAACAACUUAAAAGAAAAAUAAUACUCAAGCACAAAAAGUUACCGGCAGACCCUACACAGGCAGAUCCUUUGGACUAUACACUAGAUGACAAUGCUAGAGAGGGUGACUUGAGUAACUCUGUGAAGAAUGGCAUACUGUACCUGGAGGAUCCCAUAGAUCAGACCUGGACUCCACAUUUCUUUGUGCUGUAUUCCAAUAAACUUUACUACAGUGAGGAGACAAGCCAUGAAGAGGAGGAGGAUACUGAUGAUGAUAAUAGUAAUAAUAUAGAGGGUCAGCCACAGGAGGAACUACAUUUCAGUGAGAAAUGGUUCCAUGGUCGUCUGCCAGGAGGUCGUACAGAGGCUGAAAAUAAACUCAAAGAAUAUGCUCAUCUUAGCAAUGGAACGUUCCUUGUCAGGGACAGUGAUACAUUUGUUGGGGACUUCUCACUCUCAUUCAGAUGGCAGAACACUAUAAACCAUUGUAGAAUCAAGUCAAAGCAAGAGCUUGGACAAGUGAAGUAUUAUUUGAUAGACAAUGUGACGUUUGACAGCCUGUACAGUCUGAUCAUGUAUUAUCGGACACACCCACUCAAAGGAACCAACUUCUCCAUGGUACUCAAAGAACCCGUCCCACAGCCCCAGAGUCAUGAAGGAAAAGAGUGGUAUCAUGAAAACAAAGACCGAGACCAGGCUGAAGAAAUGCUGAAGCGUAUACCAUAUGAUGGUGCUUUCCUUGUCAGGCGAAGUGAAACAGAUCAGUUCUCUUACGCAAUCUCUUUCAGGGCGGAGGGAAAAAUCAAGCACUGUCGUAUUCGUCAAGAGGGUCGUUUGUUUACUAUAGGCACUGCUGAGUUUGAAAGUCUUGUAGAAUUAGUCCAGUAUUAUGAAAAAUAUCCACUUUACAAAAAGAUGAAGCUGCGUAAAGCCGUCAGUGAUUCUGUCGUCGAGAGAGAGGGUGUUGACCCCUCAGAUCAGGCACUAUAUGGAUUGUUCGGUCAGCCGGAACAUUAUAUAAAUCCAAACGACUUUACAUCAAAGGAUCCAAGUACUGUUGCAGAUGAGACCAUAUAUGAUUCAGGAAUUUAUCACCUGCCUAAUGCAUAUACAUCUAAGGUUCGUGUGAAAGCGUUACAUGACUAUCAGGCAAACAGAGACGAUGAACUGUCGUUCUGCAAGGGCUCAAUCAUCACAAAUGUGAACAAGCAUGAUAAUGGGUGGUGGCGCGGAGAUUACUUAGACAAGAAGCAGUUCUGGUUCCCUGCCAACUUUGUAGCCGAAUUGGAGCCAGAAGAUGAUCCUGGAGAUAACAACCCACUUGGUUCCCUGCAGAAAGGUGUUUUAGAUGUACGAGGAUGUAUAACAGAGUUAUUACAAGGCAGGGGAGAUAAGCCAUGUUGUUUCCGAAUCUUUAGCAACUCUAUAACAAGUCCACUAGAGGUUGCCUGUGACUCGGAGACGGACAUGAGAGAUUGGAUAGACAAUAUCAAAAUGUGCGCUGAAAAUCUUCAGGAUCAGCAGCCGAGAUACCAUGAUCUGAAUGAUCUUGGUGCAACCAGGAAAUCUUUAAGACAAAUGCAACAGAACAUGAAGCAACUAGAGAGAAGGAAUCAAAUAGCUCAAGAAUUCUCAGACCUCAUUGUCUACUGUAUAGCUGUACAGUUCAACUUAGAACGGGCAGGAACUUACAAUGAGAUGUCCUCGUUUCAAGAAACCAAAGCUGAAAAUAUGUGCACAAAGUCAAAAGCAAAGUCAUUUCUUGCAUAUAAUCGACGUCAGUUAAGUCGAGUAUACCCAAAAGGUUCACGUAUAGACUCUACAAAUUAUAACCCAAUACCAAUGUGGAACUGUGGUAGCCAGCUGUGUGCACUGAACUACCAGACUCCAGACAGGUCCAUGCAACUCAACCAAGGUCGUUUCCUACAAAAUGGAAUGUGUGGAUUCGUUUUACAGCCGGACUGUAUGAGGGCAGAGGACUUUUCCCCAUUUGAUAAGAAGUCUUUACGAGUAGAUCCUUUAACUAUCUCUGUAUCAGUUAUAGGAGCUAGACAUUUAAGGAAGUCAAAACGUGGACUGGUUAGUCCUUUUGUAGAGAUUGAAAUUGUUGGCCUUGACUGUGAUAAUAGCAAAUAUAAAACUGUUAUCGUAGCUGAUAAUGGUUUGAACCCAGUGUGGAGCCGAUGCACAACUGACUUCGACAUUGUCUGUCCAGAUAUUGCUCUCAUCAGAUUUGUUGUCCAGAACGAAGAUGUGUUUGGAGACUCGAACUUUCUUGGUCAAGCUACAUAUCCCGUCAAAUGCCUUAGGCCAGGUUACAGAAGUGUGCCAUUAAAAAAUGAAUACAGUGAGCCAUUAGAGUUAUCUUCCUUGCUUAUAUAUAUAGACAUGAGAAAUCCCAAGGAAGAGGAAGAUAGCGAGAUCUACUCGGAUCUUGAAGAUUUGAGAGAUUGCAAAGAUGACCUCACAACUCGUAUACAAGAACUGGAACUGAGAGGUGACGUGACAUCGGCAAACCAAUAUAGAUCACGUUUACAGGAAACGGAAAAAAGAAUUAUACAGAAGAAUAGGGAACGACAGCAUAGGAAAGGUGGUGAUUAUACUGGUGUAUUAAAUUGGAGUGACUCAGCCGUGUAUGAGUCUCGUAGUCUAAGCUUUGGAACAGUUCUAGACAGCGUGUAGUGUAUCGUCGUACAUCCACAAGCUGAAACUAGUGAAUUCUGAAACAUUUGAAAAUUCAGUGUCGUGCAUCUACAAAGCAAAAUUGCAUAUAGUGCUCAAAUAUGUCCAUUAUAAAGGGAUAUUUCGUCAAGAAUGUCACUUGAAAAUGACAUUUUUAGCUCAUCUGAUUUUUUGAAAAAAAAUGAUGAGUUAUUGUCAUCACUUGAGCGGUUGUCGGCGUCGGCGUCGGUGUCAGCGUCUGCGUCGGCUUUGCCUGGUUAAGUUUUAUGUUUAGGUCAGCUUUUCUCCUAAACUAUCAAAGCUAUUGCUUUGAAACUUGGAAUACUUGUUCACCAUCAUAAGCUGACCCUGUAUAGCAAGAAACAUAACUCCAUCUUGCUUUUUGCAAGAUUUAUGGCCCCUUUUGUACUUAGAAAAUAUCAGAUUUCUUGGUUAAGUUUUAUGUUUAGGUCAACUUUUCUCCUAAACUAUCAAAGCUAUUGCUUUGAAACUUGGAAUACUUGUUCACCAUCAUAAGCAGACCCUGUACGUCAAGAAUCAUAACUCCAUCUUGCUUUUUGCAAGAUUUAUUGCCCCUUUUGGACUUAGAAAAUCAGUUUUCUUGGUUAAGUUUUAUGUUUAGGUCAGCUUUUAUCCUAAACUAUCAAAGCUAUUGCUUUAAAACUUGCAACACUUGUUUACCAUCAUAAGUUGACCCUGUAUAGCAAGAAACAUAACUCCGUCCUGCUUUUUGCAAGAUUUAUGGCCCCUUUUUGACUUAGAAAAUAUCAGAUUUCUUGGUUAAGUUUUAUGUUUAGGUCAACUUUUUCUCUUAAACUAUCAAAGCUAUUGCUUUGAAACUUGCAACACUUAUUCACCAUCAUAAGCUGACCCUGUACAGCAAGAACAUAACUCCAUCCUGCUUUUUGCAAUAAUUAUUGCCCCUUUUGGACUUAGAAAAUCAUUUUCUUGGUUGAGUAUUAUGUUUAAGUCAACUUUUCUCAUAAACUAUUAAAGCUAUUGCUUUAAAACUUGCAACAGUUUUUCACCAUCAUAAGUGGACACUGUACAUCAAGAAACAUAACUCUAUCCUGCUUUUUGCAAGAAUGAUGGCCCUUUUUAGACUUAGAAAAUCAUGGGUAGGACAAUAUUUCUAUUACACAAAAAAAAUCAGAUGAGCGUCAGCACCCGCAAGGCGGUGCUCUUGUUAAAAAUUUCAUUUUAGGUAGUGAUAUUUUGAAUAAUAUCACUUGAAAGUGACAUUUUUAAAAUUUUCACGUUUGAUAGUGAUAUUCUUGCAUUGAACAGUGUCACUUGAAAUUAAUGUUUUAAUGUUUGUGGCAUUGCUUAUAAUAUUACUAGACAUAAUGACAUUUUCAAGAAGGUGGCUUGAAGCAGGGACAUUUAUAAGAAUAUCUCUUAGAGGAGUGACAUUUAGGAUCAACAUGUAUGCCAAUUGUUCCUAAAGAAACCAAAUAUAAAACUGUGCUCAACUUAGUUCUGCUUUCUUUAAAGGGGCAUACAUUCAGAUAGACUUUAUGUUACCAAUAUUUAGGGGGAAAAACAUAGUGCUAUGUCAGUGUAAUAUCAUGUGCUGCUGAAUUCUCAAUUUUUAUUCAAAACUUUACUUCAGAACUGUCUGUUUCUGUAACUUUUCUGUAUAUGAUUCAUAGACUACCUGAUGCUUGUACAAUCUAAUUGUUUACAUAAAUCUGGAAGCAUGCCCCUUUAAACAUACACAUUUACAAUAGCCCUGUGCCAAGAUAUGUUACAUUGUUAUAAAUUUUUACUGAUUGGAUUUGCUGACCAAUAUUUCAUUUAGUGUAAUCACAAAUGUUUUGACAUCUGUACUACAACCUAAUAUGAUGAACAAUGUCUUAGUUAGGUCAUUGUUUUGACCAGGUGCUUGCAAACUUCUUAGUCUGGUAAUACCCCAGUCAAUGUUACGUCCACAGAUAUGAAUGUAACUGUUCUCUGCAUGGCUCUAAACGUCUUCUGUUUUAUUUAAAGUUGGUUUGUGAAAUUGCUUACUGAAGUAUGAGAGGUAAGAAAAUGAUACAGUUUGGUAGGUGAAUCUUGAGUAAUACGUUUUGAGAAAUUUAAUUUUAAGGAUUGAUGUAACCCUAAAAUGCACGAAAAUUAGUGACCCAAGCAUCACGAAAAUUGAUGACCCAAGCAUCAUGAAAAUCGGUGGCCCAAGCAUCACAAAAAUUGGUGACCCAAGCAUCAUGAAAAUUAGUGGCCCAAGCAUCAUGAAAAUUGGUGGCCCAAGCAUCACACAUAUUGGUGACCCAAGCAUCAUGAAAAUUAGUGGCCCAAGCAUCAUGAAAAUUGGUGGCCCAAGCAUCACAAAAAUUGGUGACCCAAGCAUCAUGAAAAUUAGUGGCCCAAGCAUCAUGAAAAUUGGUGGCCCAAGCAUCACAAAAAUUGGUGACCCAAGCAUCAUGAAAAUUGGUGGCCCAAGCAUCAUGAAAAUUGGUGGCCCAAGCAUGAAAAUCGGUGGCCCAAGCAUCACAAAAAUUGGUGACCCAAGCAUCAUGAAAAUUAGUGGCCAAAGCAUCAUGAAAAUUGGUGGCCCAAGCAUCACAAAAAUUGGUGACCCAAGCAUCAUGAAAAUUAGUGGCCCAAGCAUCAUGAAAAUUGGUGGCCCAAGCAUCACAAAAAUUGGUGACCCAAGCAUCAUGAAAAUUGGUGGCCCAAGCAUCAUGAAAAUUGGUGGCCCAAGCAUGAAAAUCGGUGGCCCAAGCAUCACAAAAAUUGGUGACCCAAGCAUUAUGAAAAUUAGUGGCCCAAGCAUCAUGAAAAUUGGUGGCCCAAGCAUCACAAAAAUUGGUGACCCAAGCAUCAUGAAAAUUAGUGGCCCAAGAAUAUUGAUAAUUUAGCAGUACUAUGUUAAAUUGUUUGAAUGGUCAAAUUUUAACAAGGAGGGAUUAGUAAAUGCGUAUGUUACAAAUAAUAAGGUGUGAUAGCAAUAAAUUUAGUCCAUUUAAGAUGAAGCAAUACUACCACGUUUAGUAUUAUAUGUAUGCAGUUAUAUUUUCUUUACAUAUGUACCAAAUCUGUAGAUAAUAACUACAUGUAUAAUUUGUUUAUAAAUAGUACAAGUUAAAUUGCCAUAAUAGACUGUACAUGUACAGAUAGAAUUGUAAUGUAUAUAUAUACAUGUAUGUAAAUGUUAUGAUUUUUGUAGAUCUUUUUGUGUAUUAUAGCAUACCAUUCAAACUUUGGGAUAUAGAGUAAUGAAGAAACAUUUGUAUACUAAUAAUUGUCCAUAAAGCUCAUAAUAUGUGUUGAAAAAAAUGUUCUUGUAACAUAUAGAAUGAAUUGAGAGCUAUUUUUAGCUCAGAUGAGCACAUGCUCAUUGAUAAUCUAUUGUGAUUGCCCUCUGUCUGACUGUGAAUAUAUUUCUAAAGCUAUCUUGAUGAAACUUUUAUAGAAUAUGUGUAAGAUCUCAGUGUACAAGAUCAACUUUGAUAAGACCAAAUAAUGGCCCCUAAAGGAAUCAGUAGUGCAGUACUCCCCCUUGCUAAUAUAUUGGAGUCAACAGUUUUUAGCUCGCUGAUAUUUGAAAAAAAUCUACAAGGUAUUGUCGUCACUUGAUCAUCUGUGUCGGCGUUGGUUAAAAUUUUUGUUUAUGUCUACCUUUUCUCAAUUACUGUAAGAGCUACAGCUUUGAAACUUUGCACACUUGUUUACCAAUUAUAAUAAUAGUAUUGAAUUUGAUAUUGUUCAAGUAUCCAGGUGAGUGGUAUAAGGCCUCAUGUCCCUCUUGUUUUAAAUUGGCAUGUUUAGAACAUUUUUGUUAUUAAAUCGGAAGGAAAUUACUGACCUUUAUUCAUUCAAGGCAAGUUACUGAUUCUUGCCAUAAGAAAAAAGUGCUUUAAUCAUAUUCUUGUUUUUGCCAGUUUUAGAAAAAUACUGCAGUUGGUUCAUUUUAAUGUUAGACAUGCUAAAGAUAAGUUUCAUGUUAAAAUUUUUAUAAAAUGCUGGAAGGGAUCCAAAACAGAUUUUUUUUGUACUUAAGAUUUUACAUUUAUGUCUUGUGAUUUUGUUUUGACAUUUUUAUGUGGAUAAUUUACUUGAAUUGUAAUUGUUCUAGGAAAUCUUCAGCAUAAAGUGUCUGCAGAAUAUUAACUUGUGUUAGAAGUAAUUUCCAUUAGCGAUUUAUUUACUUGCAAUUUUCUUGUGUACUUUCAAACAUAAAAUACGUUUCUGUAAAGUUUCUCUACAUGUAAAAUUUCUAAACACUUAAAAGGUAUUUUGCAUUAUGGUUACUAAGUAACUAUCAUUACGGGACUAUAGAUUAAUUGCUAAGUUUUCAUCCUAUCCAGCCCUUUUUUCCGCUACCACCUAUAAUUUAUUGACUUAACAAAAAUUAACUAGGCACUCUACGAAUCAGUCCUGUACGAUCCAAGAACGGCAUGUGUUAGUGAAUUUGAACAAUAUUAUUUCAGAUCAUUCAAGUCAGAAAAUGUCGUAAGAAUUGGUACACCUGCAAAGUGCUUGAUCUCUUCAGCAAUUUUUUUUUCAGGAUAAAAGGGACAAAAAACGCCAGCAGCGGACAAUUAAUUUGGUUCCGGUAUCUGUUCUUUUGUCGGCAAAACACAAAUGUUAAAAGUAAAAUAAAGAAUAAAAUGUCACCCCCACCCUAGUUUUAUAUAAAAAAAAAUCAGAUGAAAAUCUAGCAAUAAAUGUAUAUUGGCCUUAUCAUGAUAAACAGCUGUGUUCAUUGACAGUUAACACUUGUUUCGACUUACAUAUAGGAAAAUAAACUUUCAUUGAAAGUAAAGUCGUUAUGCUAGUUUAAAAUCAGUUAUUACCUAGAUGUACCACUACUGUUCAGCAUGACCCCUUUCAUCAAAUGACAAUAGGCGUAAAAUGUCUAGCAUUAACUUUCCUUACUCAACCAAUAGUGAAAAACUAUAUAAAGCUCAGUCCUAAUUGUAGUUUUGAAUUUAAUUAACCUUCACCCUGCUAAUUUUCUAUAAUCAACUUUGACAGUACCAUUAACUGUUAAAUGGGGUGCAUACCAAAAAGAUACUGACUGAAUGGCGAACAGUGUAGAUCAUGAUCAGUCUGCACGGAAUCAGUCGUGUCCAGCAGGAUAAGGGUUAAACUGUUUUCUAUAUUUUGAAUUCAUAGCAAUAAUAAUUGUUAAGUGGCUAACCCGUAUAGCUGAUCGGACUAUGAUAAAGUUAACCUCUCCUUGCACCUUCUAGAUUGCCUUUUUUUGUUGUUAGAAUGUAAACAGCGUUUAAUCUGCAGGAUCAGACAUCACUUAUAUGUCUUUAGCAUUUCUGUGUUACAGUUCAUUCGGAAAUCUGAUUUCAGUCACAGAUUUUACACAGUUAAUAACUCUGUUAAUAACUCUGUUGAUAGCUAAAAGCAAAAACAUUGUUGCCAUCUAUCGAAUAUCAUUAGAGAUGUUGAGAUUUCUGUGUGUACAUGUAUACAGGUUUUAAACCCAUAAAUAUGAUAGAGGCCUCUGUGGUAAAGGCUCGCAGUUUCAGAUCACUCCCCUCUUACCACUUUGGGUUGAAAAUUGUUUUGAUGCGAUUUCAAACGUAAUUUCAAACGUAAUUAAACAAAUUAAAAACAUAAUGUGUCAACUAAAUUCAAUAAGUGAAUUGCUAAGCAUUAAUAUACACCGAUUUGGACAGUAAAAUUAGAUUUUAGAAGUACUUGACCAUGAACCUUAAUAAUUCAGGUUUGGGUAAUAUUUGCCAGAAUUUUGACUCUGCAAGCAUGGGUAUAAAAACCUUAUACAUGCACACAUUUGAAAUGUGUGCAGGUUUGAAAUCUCAACCUCUGAAUUACCUAUGAUCAAAUACAUUUGUCUUUUGAAUCUGAAUAUUUUUUGGUUUAAUGUGUUUGUGUUGACACAUUUUUUUAGGCUGAUCACAAUAUUUUUCCACUUUGCAAAGUUGAAAAGCAGUCUUUCCUGAUUAAGUUUAAUUACAAAGGAAAUGUAUCUGUUGACUACAAUAUUAAGGCAUCACAUAUACAUGUAUACUAAACUGUAAGAAGUUUUCUUGGAGAUUUAAGAUAGGUCCACAGUUUUAGCUUACCUGAGCAUCAAGUGCUCUGGGUGAGCUAUUGUGAUCAUUCAUGGUUCGUGCCCUGUCCAUCUGUCCACACUUUUCUUCAGACAAGAUCUACUCUGAAACCAUUUGGUGGAAGUUGACAAAAUUUGGCCUGGAUGGUCUUCUACCAAAGUUGUUUAAAGAGUAUAUUCAAUACAGAAUUAUAUUGCCAUGACAAUGAGAAGAAAACAUUUUAAAAUGUUCUUCUCAAAAACUGCAAGGCCCAGAGCUUAUAGAAUUUGGUAUGUAGCAUUGAGAAGUGGUCCUGCACCAAAUUUGUUCAAAUACCUCUGGCAUUAAAAUUGGCCUGCCAAGGGGUUCAUUUGUUUUACUUGGACUUAUAUAGGAACAUUUUUAGAAAGCUUCAUGUCAGUAACCUCGAGGCCUAGAGCUUAGCUAUGUAGCAUAAUUAUAGUAUUGUGUAGCGGUCCUUUGCCAAGAAAAAUAUACCCAUUAAGAGUCAGGUGAGCUAUAUAGGGCCAUCAUGGCUUUCUUGUUAGUAUUGCCAAUAUUUUUUUUUUCACACAGUAAUACAUAGUAUUGCAAAUACCAAAAUACUUGUGUUAUAAUGUUUAUUUUUUUGUUAUUUUUUUUCUUUGUUAAUUAUACUGAUUCUUAAUUGCAUGCCUGUUAGAUUUACCAAAACUGACCAAAAAUAAAAUCUCUGUCAAUUA